AUGUAUAUAUCAGAUAUUGAUGUUAAGGAUAAAAUUUUACAAGUUUGUUCGGGGUUGAAAAAUUUUAUACCAUUAGAUCAAAUGAUUAAUAGGAGAGUUGUUGUGGUUACUAAUAUGAAAACUAAAAAAUUACGUGGUGAAAAAUCAAUGGGGAUGAUAUUAGCUGCUGAAAAGGAAACUGUAAAAUUAAUUAACCCACCAAAUUGUGAAAUUGGUGAACGAUUAUAUUUUGAUUAUACUGAAGUUGAACCAACAAAAUUGAAAAUUGAAAUUUGGAAGAUGAUACAACCUAAAUUAAGAACAAGAGAAGGUAAAGUAUAUUUUGAAGAUAUUCCAUUACAAUCUAAAGAUGGUCAAUUUGCAACUGUUGAUUUAGAUAAUGCAGAAGUUAAAUAA